AUGUUCCUGAGAAUUGGUCUAGCGCCACAGAGUCGUAGAUUUUACAGGAUAGUUUGGGCAGGAGAGGUGUUAGAGUACCAAAGGACCAUCUUUGGAGACUGUUCUUCACCUUAUAAAGCCAACGCGGUCGUGAAAGACAUUGCCAAAAGUCACAAAGACAGAUACCCUGAGGCAGCCGAAACGGUAGAAGAAUCGCAGUAUGUCGAUGACGCACUUGACAGCAGAUGCAGCGUAGCUGAAGGAAAACAGACGAUUGAAGAAUUGUUGGAAAUGUACAGCGACAGCGGAAUGAUGAUGAGGAAGUUGCAGUCAAGUCACCAGGAAGUAUUGGCGGGAGUAGCCAUAGAGAAUCUAGCAGUGAAUCCAAGCGUCAAUAUUGAGGGGCAACAAGAUGCGAUUCCAACUCAGCAGAAGGUUCUAGGAGUCAUUUGGAUGGCUGAAGAAGACAAGUUCACGUUCAAGUCCAGAGCCCCGGGACCACAAGAUGCCCCUGCCACUAGGAGAGGAAUCUUGAAAUGCAUGGCCAAGCUUUUUGACCCCUUGGGAUUAUUGGACCCGUACAGGAUACAUGCUUGGAUUAUUUACCAGAGAACCUGGGUCAGGAGCCAAGAAUGGGACGACCCAAUCGACGAGGAUAUAGUAAGAGAAUGGUACGGUUGGAUGGAAGACCUACAUCACCUGAGAAGGAUCAAAAUCGAGAGACACAUUGGAAUGAACAGAGAUGUGGUAACAGAGCUACACGUGUUUUGCGAUGCAUCCAAGGACGCCUUUGCAGCUGUAGUCUACUCAAGAACAGAGACACCCAUGGUGUCAUAG